GCGGGGCGGCUGGGGGGCGGUGCGGUGCGGCCUAACGGCGGCCCCUGCGGCUCUGGCGGAAUCCGGGGGUGCAGGUCUCCCGGUCGAGCCUGCUGAGGGCUACGGCGGCCGGUCAAGGCGGGCGGCGUUUGCACUGCAGCUGUGCUCGGCGAUGGUGGGUGUCCCCGGAGCGGCCGCCUUCCAACUUGGUUGUGAGAAAAAGGUGCCAGCAAUGCCUGGAUCGCCUGUGGAAGUGAAGAUACAGUCAAGAUCCUCACCUCCCAUCAUGCCACCCCUCCCACCAAUAAACCCUGGAGGACCCAGACCAGUGUCCUUUACUCCUACAGCAUUAAGCAAUGGCAUCAACCAUUCUCCUCCUACCCUGAAUGGCGCCCCAUCACCACCACAGAGAUUCAGCAAUGGUCCUGCCUCUUCCACAUCAUCUGCCCUAACAAAUCAGCAAUUGCCAGCAACUUGUGGUGCUCGGCAGCUCAGCAAGUUGAAACGCUUUCUCACUACUCUGCAGCAGUUCGGCAAUGAUAUCUCACCUGAGAUUGGCGAGAAGGUUCGGACUCUUGUUCUAGCGCUGGUGAACUCAACAGUGACAAUUGAAGAAUUCCAUUGCAAGCUCCAAGAAGCCACAAACUUUCCUCUUCGUCCUUUUGUGAUUCCAUUUCUCAAGGCCAACCUGCCCCUGCUGCAGCGGGAACUGCUGCACUGUGCUCGGGCUGCCAAGCAGACCCCAUCCCAAUACCUGGCGCAGCACGAGCACCUUCUGCUCAACACCAGUAUUGCAUCUCCUGCCGACUCUUCUGAGCUGCUCAUGGAGGUUCAUGGAAAUGGAAAGAGGCCCAGUCCGGAAAGGAGGGAAGAGAGUAAUUUUGAAAGAGAUGCAAUUCCUCCUGAACCUCCUGCCAAAAGAGUAUGUACUAUAAGCCCUGCUCCUCGGCACAGUCCUGCCCUCACUGUGCCCCUAAUGAAUCCUGGGGGCCAGUUUCAUCCUACUCCUCCACCUCUUCAGCAUUAUACUUUAGAAGACAUUGCAACUUCUCACCUGUAUCGGGAGCCUAACAAGAUGCUAGAACAUCGAGAAGUUCGUGAGAGGCACCACAAUCUUAGUCUCAAUGGAGGUUAUCAAGAUGAGUUGGUGGACCACCGGUUGACAGAAAGGGAAUGGGCUGAUGAAUGGAAACAUCUUGAUCAUGCCCUGAAUUGCAUUAUGGAAAUGGUAGAAAAAACAAGGCGCUCCAUGGCAGUUCUGAGACGCUGUCAGGAAUCUGAUCGUGAAGAACUCAACUACUGGAAAAGACGAUUUAAUGAAAACACAGAGAUGAGAAAAACUGGGACAGAGCUAGUCUCUAGGCAGCACAGCCCUGGGAGUACAGAUUCUCUGAGCAACGAUUCUCAGCGGGAAUUCACCAGUAGGCCAGGAACAGGAUAUGUUCCUGUGGAGUUUUGGAAGAAAACUGAAGAAGCUGUGAAUAAGGUGAAAAUUCAGGCCAUGUCAGAGGUACAGAAGGCUGUAGCCGAGGCGGAGCAGAAAGCCUUUGAAGUAAUUGCAACUGAGAGAGCACGAAUGGAGCAAACCAUAGCAGAUGUCAAACGGCAGGCUGCAGAAGAUGCCUUCCUAGUCAUCAAUGAGCAAGAAGAGUCAACAGAGAACUGCUGGAACUGUGGCCGAAAAGCCAGUGAGACAUGCAGUGGCUGCAAUAUCGCAAGAUACUGUGGCUCUUUCUGCCAACACAAGGACUGGGAGAGGCACCACCGCCUCUGUGGCCAGAGUCUGCAUGGUCACAGUCCCCACAGCCAGAGCCGACCACUACUUCCUGGAGGGAGGGGCUCCUCAGCAAGGUCUGCUGACUGCAGUGUGCCCAGCCCAGCCCUGGACAAGACCUCAGCCACCACGUCGCGUUCCUCAACACCUGCCUCUGUGACAGCCAUUGAUGCCAAUGGACUCUGAGUCCCAGAUUCCGCCUACCCUGAUGACCACUCCGUAUGGCAGAACCAAAAGGGUUUGACAGUUGGAACAAGUAGCUGUUGAGUCAUCAGCAAGAAACUAAGUGGCAGGAAGCAUCCAAGCAAUACUCCACAGCCUCUCUGGGAUUUGCCACGUAUCCUUGGAAGAACUAGUACAUCAUUCUCUGCAGGGACGUGGCUUAAGCUGCCUCCUCCAUGGCUUUCUUGGUAUGUUUCCUCCAGCUAAUGCUGGCAUAGCUAGCCCUUUCUCAGUGUAGACCACCAGCUCCCCUCUGACACCUUGCAUCAGCAGAAUGUCAAAAGUGUCCAACCAGGCACCUGUGCUCUCUUCCCCCAUUCCAUCCAUAUUCCUCAUAUGGUAGAGACCUGAAGGCUGACAGAGCUGAGGACCAGGCCUUCAUCCUCCUGCCUCCAAACAGUUUUUGAGCUCUAGGUCCACCUUCAGGUGAUACUGAUUGGCCUAACAAAGACUUGGGUAGCCUGAUAAGUUGCCACUAAUUCAGUGAAAGCAUUCAUGAUGAUAAAAAUGAAAGUCUUCCCCAAGCAUCACAGAUCAUUUUGGACAAGAUUUUUCCAACCUGGCUGUCUCCUUCAGUUUGAAACCCAGUUUCUGCAAUCUCUCACUUGAAGAUUUUGCUUGUACAGAAAACAGUCUCCAGUGCAUGAAUUGGUCUGAAAGGAUGAGACUCUGUGAUGUUAGUCUUUCCUCUCUGAGCAUGUUGGCCAAACUAGUGUCUUCAAAAUAUUCAGUGGAUUACCUCUUGGAAAUGCAAAACCCUUUACCAUUGCUUGACUGCACAGUCAUCUCAUUCUGUGCCCUUUAAUAUCUCAGACUGUACAUGUCUGGAUCACUGAGGGCAGCUCUUACUCAUGGGCUUUGUUUGGCAGCUGUUGGGCUAUAAUUCAUUCAUGCUGGAUGUGUUGGGGUAUUGAUAGGAGUUCUCCACCCUUCAGACAUGAAAGAAUUCUUCACACCUGUUUUUGUAGGUUAUCAGGCAUAUAGUCUCCAUCUCCUUUUCCUGUGGUAUCUGUUAGAUAGCAUCUCUCUCAGCUCAAAAAGGGUUUGUGAAGUGUGAGAACCAUUUGGGAAAGCCUGACCAUGUUUUCUUCCCAUCUUGGGUUUUCCAGCUGCUUACCUUGAUUCUCCAAGCAGGACAUUACCUGUACCCUGUUCAGAGUGCUGAACACUGCCCUCUUGCCUUCUCCCAGCCAUUCAGGUUUUGUUUGGAGCCCCUGGACCUUGCCCACUCACCAUGUCUGGGUCUCCAGUAUCCUCCUGCCCUCUGCAUUCUGUUGGGAUGAGUCUUUUGACUUUGAUCCUGCUGUAUUUUGGAAGCUAUGGUCAAACCAUCAACUUCUGUGUAAUGACCAACUCUAAGUAAUAGCUUUUGGUCCCAUAAAAGAAAGGGAUCUGCAUAAGGGGCAUUGUCCUUGCACACAUUUUUAGCUGAUUUUAAGAUUAUUGCAUCCCCACCUUAUCUUGACCAAGGAUUUUCAGUCUUAGAAUCUUGCCACAUAGACCUUUAAAAUACUGAUUUCCACUGCUUAAAAUAAGGUAAAUCCAGAGAAAGAACAGAUAAUCAUGUUUCAGUAUGGAACACCCAAGACCCACUGCUUUCUAGUGAACCUAGUGCAGUGUGGCCUCCCCCACCCCAUCCCCAUCCCCAUUCCCCUCCUAGAACCCCAGUCCCUGGGGACUUCUGGCUCUACUAGGUGAAAUCAGCCCCAGGUAGCACUUGCCUAUGUUUCCUCAGAUACAGGCUUCUACAUUAGUCUUUGCAAGAGAAUGCCCCACCCCCACAACCCCCAGUAAAUUGGGUCUAUCCUCAUCUUGGUUUCUAGACUCUGCUGACAAGGUACCAGAUCAGAAGUGUGUGAAAGGGUUCCAUUCAUCUAUACAAGAUAGGAAAGAAGAAAUGGAAGUCAAGCUUGGUGGCACACGCCUUUAAUCCAAGCACUCUGGGGACAGAGGCAGGCAGAUCUCUGUGAGUUCAAGGCCAACUGCUCUACAUAGCAAGUUCCAGGACAUCUGGGUCUAUAGGGAGACCCCAUCUCAAAAAGACAGGAAGGAAGGGAAGAGAAGAAACAGUUGAGUCAGGCUGCUUAGAGGUCUGUUUUAAGGGACCAGAAAUGCCAGGACUUCCUAGUCCUCUCCUAAGUGAGGGAUCAUUGAAGGAAUGAGAGAACACCAAAGGUAGCCAAGCUGAGGGCCACUUUUAAAGUGUCCCAAUAGAUACUUCAGGGAAAAAAUGUUCCUAUCUUGGUUGUCCUCUGGGUCCCCACUUCCACGUACCAUUCUUAACUCUGUCCAGUGGUAAAGACUCUGUAAGAAGUUUUGCUGGGAUGUGGCUCACUUGGUAGAGUAUUUGCCUAGCAUCCAGAAGCCCUGGUGCUAUAUGAACCAGAUAUAGUGGUGCACACCUUAAUCCUGCCAUUUGGGAGGUAGAGGCAGGAAGAACCUGAGUUUAAGAUCAUCCUUGGCUACACAGCAAGUUGAAGCCAUGCUCUCAGGAAUAGGCAGGCCACUGUGGAAGGUAAUGGGCCCUUAAAGGGUCUCUACAGUUCCAGCAGAUUUGUUCGUGCAUUUGGAUGGUAGUGAGGGCACAGGUUAAGUGGCUGUUUCCAAGGCACUCCUAGGUCAUCUGCUGCCAAGAAUCUCUGUAUGGAGACAACACAUCUGUCCUCAACAGGUCUUACACCAGGCCUUGGCUGUUGUCCUCUGCAGCACAAACUCUGUCCACUUGGAGCAGUUGGUCUCCAAGAAUUAUAGCACAUCUUCAUGACUUUUACCAUUUUCAGCUUCUAGAUGGAAAAAUCUACAUUUUCCUAUGUAUAGCCCUGUCUCAAAAGAUAAAUGAUCUCCAUUUCUAUCACCUGCUCACAGAGGGUUUAGACAUUUUUCUGAGUGGUUCUGGAAGAUAUUUCAGCAAAUGUGUUUGAAGAUUCAACAACAGACCUGGAAUUUUAUGGUCUCUGGUUCUCCAGAGAGCACAUAAGGAGUGAGCAGAUGGCCAUUGUCCUGGAAACUGCAUAAGGGAUUGUGGGUAGAAUAAAUCACUACAAAUAGGACACAUCUUGGAGAUUUUCUUCAGAAUUGGACUAGAACCAAGGUUUCUAGGCUCCUAGGUUCACAAGACCAACCCAGCUUGCUUUGAAGGUUUAUAGCUAUUUGCAAAGAACUGGGUUGUGGCAUGUUUGAACCAAAUGUGAAAAAAGCCAGAAGGACCUGAUCUGGCCAGUGUGGGCCACACGGCCAGCUGUGGAAAAGCCCUGUCCCCUCUGAGCUGGCUGCAGAGCCAGCCACUCAGCAGAGCCUGCCCACUCAAGUUUAGUUCUCAUGAAGCCAAAUGCUGACUACCUGCCUCUGCCUCGUGUUGACACCACAUUUCCAAAGAUGAUGGAGUAACAUGAGCCAGGAGGGAGUUAGGAGGUCUGAGGGAGGGCCUUGUACCUCCAACCACCACCUCCCUCCACAGCACAAGAGGUGGUGUUUCCCAUGCACACCCCAUCUAGUCAGCCCUCCAGCUGCCCAGUGUAAACUCCUGUCAAUGCUUAUACCAAAUAGGGCUUGUGCAGCUGGUGUCUGUCAGGGACAUCCCCAUCCCGGUCUUGUAGUUGCCAGGGAGAAGCAGCAAUAAGCAUUCAGUGAAUGGUUGAAAGGGCCAUUGGAUUAUAAGGUCUUCAUUCCAUUUACAUGGCUUUUCAAGUUCCUGAUGAGGCUACAAAGGCUCUGUCCAUAGAGAAAACCAAUAAUGUAAAUAAAUAGAAAACCAAGCCUCCAAGCACGGUUUGCAGAGGUGGAUGAUGUGAAACCACCACAAGACACAAGAGUCUGGUUUUUCUGUGCUUUGUCAUUUUACUCUUGAUAGGAACUUUUGUUACUUAACUCUGUGCAUAACUUAUUUAAUGUACUGUAUAAAUGAACCAAAACUGUUAAAUAUGUAUUUAGUUUGUUCUACUUAAAGUAGUUAAUAAAAAGGCUAUAUUCCUUUUCUGA